AAUAAAUAAAUAAAUAAAAAGUGGCGUAUUACAUUUUCGUUCUUCACAGAUUUACAUCAACAGGAAACAAAACCGCGUUUUGCAAAUUAAAUCGCACCACAAAGCGUCAUGGCAAAUGCUAUUAAAAAAAAAAACCCAAACAAACAAAAACAACCCACAAUAUCUAUAUCAAAACUAAAUAUGAAAGCUGUACCGCAAAAGUCAAUACAUUAUAAAUUAUUUGAUCCGGUACUGUUAAAUCUCAAUUCUCCACGCAUGCGCCGCUCUGCAACAGUCAGUAGUACUGGAUUGAGGGCAGGAAAGGAAGCAGCACGUAUAUUUCACUUGUGGCAAUGGAAUUGGCAAUGCAACAUUAAACUAGACAGUACUGGUAUGGAGUGGUUGGGUUAGACAUACAGAGUACAUGUAAUUAUUUUGAGCGUGUGUUUUGUUUACUAGUGGACGGGGUUGUAUCGCCCUCUAGCACCAGGUUUUGAUAAAAUCAAAAGCACAACGAGCGCGCCCCCGACGAACGUCAGGGGCGCGCUUGAUCUGGGAGUGACGCGGCUGCGCGGCACCUGCAGUUCGGUUAAUAAGAAAAAGGGUCAGCACACCAAAAAAAAAAAAAAAAAGUAACUGAAAUCGCUGUCACUCAGGUGCAAGAGGAGGCUGCAAUUUGGAGACUGAUUCCCAGUCAGCUCCCAUUAUGAGCGGAAAGUCGCUGCUGCUGAAAGUGAUCUUGCUGGGGGACGGCGGGGUGGGGAAGAGCUCCCUGAUGAAUAGGUACGUCACAAACAAGUUCGACUCGCAGUCCUUCCACACCAUUGGGGUGGAGUUCCUGAACCGGGACCUGGAGGUGGACGGGCGCUUCGUCACACUGCAGAUCUGGGACACGGCGGGGCAGGAGCGAUUCAAGAGCCUGCGUACUCCCUUCUACCGCGGGGCCGACUGCUGCCUGCUCACUUUCAGCGUGGACGACCACCAGAGCUUCGAGAACCUGGGCUGCUGGAAGAAAGAGUUCAUCUUCUACUCUGACGUGAAGAAGCCGGAGAGAUUCCCCUUUGUCAUCCUGGGGAACAAAGUGGACAAGAGCGAGAGGCAGGUGACCCCAGAGGAAGCCCAGGUCUGGUGCCAGGAAAACGGCAGCUACCCCUAUUUCGAAACGAGCGCCAAGGACGACACAAAUGUGGAGGUGGCGUUUGAAGAGGCUGUGAGGCAGGUGCUGGCUGUGGAGGAGCAGCUGGAGCACUCCAUUCUGGGCAACACCAUUGACCUCCAUGGCAACCGCAAGGCUUCCUCUUCUUCCUGCUGCUGAGACUGAGUGGACGGCGCCUACCGUCAGCUCCCCCUCUGUCUCUCUCAGCUCACUUUGUUGGCUGCUGCUUUACCUUGGCUGCUGGAGUUGUUUAAGAAAAGGGUCAGGGAGGAAGCAUCUGAUGUAUUCUGUGAUACAGGUCUGUAUUUUUAGGUAGGCCCUCCGGCUGUGGAGUUAAUGGCCCACCAGUUCAACGUGGCAGGGUGCUUCAAAAAUGGAUAUGUGGAGGCUGCAAAACAGUAUAGAAUAAAUGGCUGAUCUGGAACCACUUCCUAGCCUUCCAAGCAUAUACUCUCUUGUUACUGGCAAGUAAAAUUAUAUAAUAAAUGUAAGCUGUUUGAGAUAUAUUGGAUCGGAGACAGAAUAAAGCCAGACGAGGAUCCUGUUUUUCAUUGGUACAGCAAUGGAAAAGUUUGCUUUUAGAGAGAGAAUUCCAGUACAGCCUAACUCUCUACUAAGAACCCUUCUGAAAACCAACCCAGUCUGAUAGCCAUUGAAGAGCAUCUUCUCCCUGUCUUUCUGUUCAUAGACCCCAUGAGCUGGACUGAACUGCUAUUUUUUUUUCUGGCCUUCUAAGCUAAUAAUGAUCGACCUGAUCUGCUGUGGCUACCAGAUCUAAAGAUGGGGUAACCAAGUUAAAAUGGCUCGGUAAUUUAUACGUAGAAUCAAGUCUUGCUUUAUUCAUUCUCCACUUUGCUGCUGUUAACAAGACUGUAUUGGCAGCUGGCGUGGCUUUUUAUGCACAAGUCAGUAGUUUGUAUCAGGCAGGGAUAUUUAAAGGGAAUUUUUUAGCUGGCAAUCUUGAAUUUUAUAGUUUUGCUUGGCAUUGUGUUUGCAAAACUUUUUGCAUUUUAUAUCUUUUUUAUUUAAAUAAUUGUUUGCAAGGGUUGUAAAGUGACUUGGGGGGAGUUUCAAGCUUUUUCAUAUUUGACUAAACCUAAACUUGAAAUUUGUUAGUUACUUUUUUUUUUUUUUUUUUUUUUGGUCUGUGAAAUGCUUGGAACUAUUUUAUCCAGAUACUAGCAGUGUGCUAGGCAUUGUUGUAUUUAUUAAUCAAGUAAAUGGUACAGUGGGUUUCUCCAUAUAAAUCACAGUGACAUUUCAGGUGAUAAAGGUAUGUUUACAUUCCAUAUUUGUCUGUACCAUUGUAUGCCUAACAUGAAACCAGAAAUAAUGAGCCAAAGUACCCUAUGGUACACUGUGAUCAAAACUGUCAUUUUAGGCCUUGCAUUGUUGGUCCUAUUUAUUUGACUCCUUCCCUUAAGAUAGAUAAACAAGACUUUUAAAAUUCCAUUUCACUGUUUAUUCCAGGUACCUCUUCACUAGAUAAAUGGUCCAACCGCAGCUAGGCCACUGGACAGAAUCUGACAAACAGCAAAGGAAAUGAUUGACAUUUCAAAGAUUUGAUCUGUACUUACAAAAACACAAGAUUUGUAUUGCUACACUAAACGCUUAUGUUAUAACCUUGACUCCCGGCUGUGCCUGCCCCUACCUUCAAGUUCGGUUUCAGUAGUUUGAGGUUAUUUGCUGAUGUUUUGGAUUUGCUUCAGUACUGAAAGUAAAUGUAAUAUUUUUUGUGAAUUCUUUUUACCUAUGUCUAACAGUGGUCCUGUAUAAAUAAAGAAGAGGCUAAACUAAAAAGCAGUGGACUUCUGAACUAGUCUUAGAUUCUGACAGGGUAGUCUUUGUCAUGUGUGGUCCUGUCAACGUUCACAGGUGUCCUUGUAACUAAAAGCAGACUGGGGUGAUGGUGUGAUACGUUCAGUCCUGUUAUAAUCUCUAUCCUAUAAAUGUUAUCUCCAGAAUCUGUUACAGAAGCCACAGAAAACAUAAAGGACCUGUUAUAUUUCAGUUUAGCAGUGUGUAACUUGUAACUCUAUCCUCUUUUUUUUCUGCUUUGUGCACAGCAAGGAUGAGAGCGCACGUCAUUGUUAUUGGAUAAACUGUUCAUUACAAAUGGAUGUAGCACUAAAAAAAAAAUCAUGAAAAGGAAAUGUCAAUUAAUAUUUUUUUUGUAUUUCUACUUGUAGAUAAUUUAGUAUACGAAAGUCUGUCUUCAGAGUUAUAGUCUCUUAAAGCAUGGGUGUAUUCUAUUUAAUGAUCUAAAUACAGCCAACUCAAAUUUCAGAUUUAAAUGAAGACUGUACGCUAUUUACACUACCCAAAUUAUGCAGGAUCAACACAUUUUGAUGGUAAAUAGCAAUCUGAUUUUCUCAAUUCAUGCUGACAGUGUUUUACACAGGUAGUAUGAAUAUAAUAUAGAGGGUGCAUGGGUCCUGCACCCUCCUCCUCAGAACCUAGGAUUUUACCCUUAUUUUUUAAAUGGUUAAGGAAUGGAAAUAAGACUUCUGUUGCAUAGCAGUUUAAUCCACUUGUGGUUUCAUUAUGAGUAUAAGACAACAUACCUGAGCUUAUAUUAAAACCUGGACUCGGUGAAACUGCUAUCCAAUAGAAGUCUUAUUUCUAUCCCUGUGGUUAGGUGGAACAAAGAUCUGAUCUGGAAGAGGCAGUAUUGCCCACUUGAUAUAGAUCAUUAAAAUAGACCCUGCAAUCUGAGUCUGUCCUUUUUGAUAGCUUGCUGGGAUGGGUGUACUGUAUGUGUUGUGUCUUUUAUUGUGUUUUUUUUUUCUGAUCCAUUUGCAUUCAGUGUUCAUUAGGCCCUAUUGCUAGGGCUGCACUAGUGACGUCAGCCCCUGAUGGGCUACGGAUUGAGGAUAACUGAACUAAACUUCACAUCCUCUGUCUUACAUAACUUCAGGACAGAUAUUACUAGUGUGGUAUUUACUGCCAUGCCAUGGUGCAUAUUUCAAA